AUGGACGGACACAACCUCGACGAGGCCGUGCGAGAGGGGAACCUGGCGGAGGUGCAACGCAUCUUGGCCAGCUGCGCGUCGACGAAAGAGCGGGCCGCCGCGCUGGCCUCCGGAGAGCACAGCCAGGCGCGCUACAACCCGCUCACCCAGGCCGCCAUGAAGAGCCUCCCCCUGGUGCGCGUCCUGCUCGACGCCGGCGCCGACCCCAAUGCGCCCAACCCUCUGCCGAACAUUACCCCGCUGCACAUGGCCUGCAGGCAGGGCUCGCUGGAACAAGCCCGCAUGUUGCUUCGGCACGGGGCCCGGGUCAACCCCGCGACCAACCUGGGCGGCACCACGCCGCUCCUCCUCGCCGUCAUCUCCAACAACACGCAGCUGGUCCGAUUCCUCAUCGAAGCCGGCGCCGACGUGAACACUGACGGGGAAGAGGCGCUGCCUCCUCUGCACAGCGCCGCGCUGGAGGCCAACCUCGAGAUGGUCGACGUGCUGCUCGCUGCAGGCGCCAACCCACGCCAGAUAAGCCUAAAGGCCAGCUACACUCCCUUGAUUCGAGCGUGUGAUGCGGCGUCGACCAAUUACGAGGCGCCCAACGUGGCGGGCGUCGCCCGGCGGCUGCUGGACCUCGGGGUCGACAUCAACGCCCAAGGAGACGACGGGUGCACGGCACUGCUGCUGGCCUGCUGCCACGGGUUUGCCGAGGCCGCGGAGCUGCUGCUGGAGCGAGGCGCGAAUGUCCACCUCCUGACUACUGGCGGGGCCUCGCCACUGCAGAUGACAGCCCAGAACGGCCACCUCGCCAUCGUGCGGUCGCUGCUGCAGCGAGGGGCGGACGUGAACCUGCGCGAUCAGGACGGCACCACGCCGCUCAUCGCCGCCUGUCGUAACCUGAUCCGCGAAGACGACUACCCGCAGCUCAUCCAGGAGCUCCUGGGCGCGGGGGCCUUGGCGCACUUCGUCAAUCGCCGGGGUGAGUCGGCGGUGGAGCUGGCCGAGCUCGUCCUCGACGACGCCGACCCACUGCUCGCACGGCUCCAGCAAACGCGCAGCACCGACCUGUUGGCCGACUGA